AUGUCAGUAGCAACGAUGCUUCAACCAGCAUCGAGAAUGUCCCGAGCAUCAUCGUCCUCCUCAUCCUCGUUUCAACCCGUCGCACGACAGAACACCAUGUCGUCCCACGAUACUCGGUCGCUCCGCCAAUCCAAGCGGAUGUCAGUCACCGCGUUAUACCUGUCCAUGUCCGCCAAGGACAGGGACUUGGAAAUCUCGGAUGAUUUGGCGAAAGGCCGUGCUGACGCCCGCCCAGCUCAGAAGCACUUGCGAGAACUCAAGUCCAAGAUCUCGUCCCAGUCCAAAAAGAACUUCGUGUUGGAAAAGGAUGUACGAUACUUGGACUCACGAAUUGCCUUGUUGAUUCAGAACCGAAUGGCCCUUGAGGAGCAAAAUGAAGUUGCCAGUCACCUCGACGACACUGCCGACCCCCAGGAGGGAUUCUUCCCCAAUGACGAGCGAACCCAGAAAUACGGCAACCUUCUGUUCCUGCUGCAAUCCGAGCCCCGCCACAUUGCCCACCUAUGUCGACUUGUCUCCAUGGCGGAGAUCGAUUCUCUACUACAAACCGUCAUGUUCACCAUCUAUGGUAAUCAAUACGAGAGCCGUGAAGAGCACCUCUUGCUCACCAUGUUUCAAUCUGUCCUCACCUACCAAUUCGACAACACCCCUGAAUACUCGUCCCUCCUGCGCCAGAAUACCCCCGUCUCACGUAUGAUGACCACAUAUACACGCCGUGGGCCCGGUCAGAGUUACCUGAAGCAGGUUCUCGCCGACCGCAUCAACUCCUUGAUUGAAUUGCGCGACGUCGAUUUAGAGAUCAACCCCCUGAAGGUUUACGAGAGUAUGGUGAAGCAAAUCGAAGAGGAGACCGGUUCCCUGCCAGACUACCUUGCUCGGUCCGUCACUGCUGAGGACGCGGCUGCGAAUGAACAGGUGCAAGCCAUCAUUACUCCCCGCCUGAAGAUGCUGUCCGAUAUUGCCAAUGGCUUCCUCACCACUAUCAUCGAGACAGUGGACGAAACCCCCUACGGAAUCCGGUGGAUUUGCAAGCAGAUUCGGAGUCUGUCGCGCCGCAAGUACCCUGAUGCACAAGACCAGACCAUCUGUACUCUGAUCGGUGGUUUCUUCUUCCUGCGCUUCAUCAAUCCCGCGAUUGUAACCCCUCGCUCCUACAUGCUGAUCGACGCGACACCCACCGAUAAACCCCGACGAACGCUAACCCUCAUUGCGAAAAUGCUGCAGAACUUGGCCAACAAACCAUCAUAUGCCAAGGAGCCCUACAUGGCGAGCCUGCAGCCCUUUAUUGAAAAGAACAAGGAGCGCGUGAACAAGUUCCUCCUCGAUCUGUGUGAAGUUCAGGACUUCUACGAGAGUCUCGAGAUGGACAACUACGUUGCUCUUUCCAAGCGCGAUCUCGAGCUCCAAAUCACCUUGAAUGAAAUGUACGCCACCCACGCUCUUCUAGAGAAGCACACUGCGGCGCUGGCCCAGGAUCAACACUCUCACCUUUCCCUGUUGCUUCAGGAAUUGGGAGCUGCGCCUCCUCAGGUUCCUCGCAAAGAGAACAGGACCAUUACUGUGCCUUUGUUCAGUCGCUGGGAAACCGCCUUGGACGAUCUGACAGCCGCCCUUGACAUUACUCAAGAAGAGGUAUUCUUCAUGGAGGCCAAGUCGACCUUUGUUCAAAUUCUGCGAUCCUUGCCUCAGAACUCCUCGGUCGCACGUCGACCUCUGCGGCUGGACCGCAUUGCUGAAGCUGCCGCCACCUUGAAGAAUGAUGCCGUUAUGGUACGGAAGGGUAUCCGCACCAUGGAACUGCUGAGUCAGCUACAAGACAUGGGUGUGAUCGAUCGUUCCGAUGAGUUCAGUCUUCUCCGAGAUGAGGUGGAGCAGGAGUUGGUGCACCUCGGUUCGUUGAAGGAGAAGGUGUUGGAUGAAACACGGAAACUUGAAGAGGUUUUCGCCACGAUCCGCGACCACAACGCGUAUCUGGUGGGCCAGCUCGAAACUUACAAGUCGUAUCUCCACAACGUGCGCAGCCAAUCCGAAGGUAAGCAGCGAAAGAAGGAAAAGCACCAGGAACUUGGUCCCUACAAAUUCACCCACCAGCAACUGGAGAAGGAGGGUGUGAUCCGCCGCAGUAACGUGCCGGAGAACCGUCGGGCGAACAUCUACUUCAUGUUCAAGAGCCCACUUCCUGGCACCUUUGUCAUCAGCCUGCACUACAAGGGUCGUGCCCGUGGGCUAUUGGAGCUUGAUCUGAAGCUUGAUGACCUUUUGGAGAUGCAGAAAGACAGCCUGGAGGACCUUGAUCUGGAGUAUGUCCAGUUCAAUGUCAGCAAGGUCCUGACACUCCUAAACAAGCGAUUCGCACGAAAGAAGGGGUGGUAA